CAUUAUGCAAAUGACUUAUUCUCUCGGUUAUGUGCGCCCGACUGCGUCCUCCGGUGCACGUUGUGAGGCAGCAUCUUCCCGCGGUGAUGCUGCAGAAGUGCGGACAUAAAGGAGCAUAAAACACCGGGAGUAAAACAAUAAUCUGAAUUUUUUUUUUUUGGUGUUGGCAUAUUACGCAGAGCUACCGCGGCUUCAGUGCAUGGCAUUACAGGGGCAACACUGAGAGUGAAGGAGGUGCAUUAGCAGGCCUGCAGAUCACUGUGCAGUCGGCAUCAAUAUUUGUAUUCAGGCUCAUUCCGUUUGCAGUCCAGUCGUGGCUUUUUGCACACCCCGUGUUGAUCCCGGUAACUGCAUGAUCCAUGAACUUAAAGUCUCCACACAAUGGAGCGAGAAUGAACAGAGAGCGGCUUAAAAAAAAGCAUGAACUGGAGGUUUAUUGAGGUCAUCUGCUUCCUGUUUAUAUGGGACCAUAUAACAGUUCAGUCUUCCCGCCAGGACCCGUUGGCCACUGAACAACAUGUCACCAAGCAAUAUGACUGGCUCAUCUCUGACCGUGGACCUUUCCACCACUCUCGGAGUUAUCUGUCCUUUGUGGACAAAUUCCGCCAAGGAUUUACGACCAGAUAUAAAAUUUAUAGGGAAUUUGCACGUUGGAAGGUGAGGAACACAGCGAUCGAGAGAAGGGACCUGAUCCGGAACCCUGUGCCACUCAUGCCUGAGUUCCAGCGCAGCGUACGCUUGCUGGGCCGCAGACCCACCACUCAGCAGUUCAUCGACACCAUCAUUAAGAAAUAUGGAACUCACAUUCUCAUCUCAGCCACCCUGGGAGGAGAGGAGGCACUGACUAUGUACCUGGCCAAAAACAAGCUGGACAGGAAGCUCGCCAACGCUACUCAGAAUGUGGAAGCCCUUCAUCAGCUGGCCUCGUCCUACUUCAUUGACCGCGACGGCACAAUGAGGAAGCUGCAUGAGAUCCAAAUUUCCACCAAUGCCAUCAAGGUGACAGAGACACGGACGGGCCCACUGGGAUGCAGUAGCUAUGACAAUCUGGACUCAGUUAGCUCUAUCCUUCUGCAGAGCCCUGAGAGCAAGCUUCAUCUGCAAGGUCUUCAGGUCAUUUUCCCAGAAUACCUGCAGGAGAAAUUUGUCCAGUCAGCCCUGAGCUACAUUAUGUGUAAUGGAGAGGGGGAGUACAUGUGCAGCAACAACCAGUGCAUCUGUCAGUGCGCCGAGGAGUAUCCCCAAUGCAACUGUCCCAUUACUGACAUCCAGAUCAUGGAGAACACCCUGUUGGGGAUGUCUGAGUCCUGGGCAUCCUCUUAUAAGGACUUUGAGAACUCUGACGAGUUCAAGUCCUUCCUGAAAAGGCUGCCCUCCACUCACUUCCUGCCCAUCAGCAGUGUGCAUCUCCUGUGGGGCAGUGACUGGGACCUUCAGGCCCGCUACAGGCUACUUCAGAGUUCCCUGGAGAUCCAGCGACUCAAGAUCCAGCGCACCGCCCGCAAGCUCUUUGGCCUCAGCAUCCGUUGUCACCACAACCCCAACCACCAGAUGCCUAGGGAGAGAUCUGUGAUGCAGUGGCUCAACAGGGUUCAGUCCUUCCUCUACUGCAAUGAGAACGGUUUCUGGGGGACCUUCCUGGAGAGCCAAAGGACAUGCGUUUGCCACACGGGUGUUACCCUAUGCCAGCGACCCAUCCCAUGUGUCAUAGGCGGCAACAACAGCUGUGCCAUGUGCAGCCUGGCCAACAUCUCCCAAUGUGGCUCCUGCAACAAGGGCUACAAGUUGUACCGCGGUCGCUGCGAGCCCCAGAAUGUAGACUCAGAACGCAGCGAGCAGUUCAUCAGCUUUGAAACUGAUCUGGACUUUCAGGACCUGGAACUGAAAUACCUGUUGCAGAAAAUGGAUUCGCGACUGUACAUUCAUACCACUUUCAUCAGUAAUGAGAUCCGGCUAGAGACCUUCUUUGACCCUCGAUGGCGCAAACGCAUGUCCCUGACUCUAAAGAGUAACAAAAACCGGAUGGACUACCUCCACAUGAUAAUUGGUCUAUCGAUGAAGAUCUGCCAGAUGCGAAAUAGCAGCAUUGACCCCAUGUUCUUUGUCUAUGUCAACCCAUUCAGUGGCAGCCACUCAGAAGGCUGGAGCAUGCCCUUUGGGGAACAUGGUUACCCACGCUGGGAAAAAGUACGGCUGCAGAACUCCCAGUGCUUCAACUGGACUCUCCUGCUGGGCAACCGGUGGAAGACCUUCUUCGAGACGGUGCACAUCUACCUGCGUAGCCGCGCUAAGAUCCCAACUGGCCUACGCAAUGACACAGGACAGGGUCCAGUGGACCUUGGAGACCCUAACAAGCGGCAGAUCUACAUAAAAAUAUCUGAUAUCCAAGUGUUCGGCUACAGCCUGCGCUUUAAUGCCGACCUGCUCCGUAGUGCCGUGCAGCAGGUUAACCAGUCGUACACACAAGGAACUCAGUUCUACUCAUCCUCAUCUGUAAUGCUCUUGUUGCUGGACAUUCGGGAUCGGAUUAACCGCCUUGCCCCUCCAUCUGCACCUGGCAAACCCCAGCUGGACCUCUUCUCUUGUAUGCUAAAGCAUAGGCUCAAGCUCAACAACAGCGAGAUGAUUCGAGUAAAUCAUGCCUUGGACAUGUACAGCACAGAGAUACUAAAACAAUCAGAUCACCUGACUGCUAAACUCUGUUGAACAUAGUAACAUUAACCUAAGGACAGCGAAGAGAAACACCCAACAAAUGAAUUACGAGGGGAUAUUAAUCUUAAUUUUGUUUUCUCUUUUUCAUUUUUUGGACCUUUUCUGCCUUUUGAUGUAAUAUUAACUUUGUAAGCAUAAUUCUUAAAGAGAUAAAGGAAAAAGGCAGUGAUGAAAAGCAUUUCAGAUAAAGAUAAAGAAGAUUAAUGGAACCACUAUAAAGACUGUAUCAUAUGUGUCCCAGCAUGUCUGUCAUUCCCUAAAAGAACUUAAAAGAGAGAGAGACAAAAAAAGAAAAAAAAAAAGAAAUAUUAAAUCUACGUACUGGUGAAA